AACCUCCAAAACCAGUAGAGAAAUACAUUUGGCUCUUCUUGCCAGGGUCACUUGUGUGCUGUAAAGAAGCUGACAGAACAAGGAGGAGGGCAACAGCCGAAAGAAGUAACCAUGGUAUGCCGUGUAGCAAUUAUUGGAGCAGGAGUGAGUGGCCUCGCAUCCAUCAAAUGCUGCCUGGAUGAGGGACUCGAACCAACAUGCUUUGAGAGGAGUGAGAACAUUGGCGGAUUGUGGAGCUUCAUGGAGUCACCAGAGGAAGGCAGAGCCAGCAUUUACAGAUCUGUGUUUACCAACUCAUGCAAAGAAAUGAUGUGCUACAUGGACUUCCCUUUCCCAGAGAAUUUUCCUAACUAUAUGCACAACUCCAAACUUCAAGAAUAUAUUGAACUAUAUGCCAAGCAUUUUGAUCUUCUUAAAUACAUACAGUUUAAGACACGUGUGACCAAUAUUAAGAAACACUCAGAUUUCCAUAUCUCUGGCCAAUGGAAUGUUGAGACACAGAAGGAUGGCAAGCUGGAAUCACUUACUUUUGAUGCUGUCAUGGUUUGCUCGGGACAUCAUGUGUAUCCAAGUAUCCCAGUUGAUAGCUUUCCUGGAUUAGAGAAAUUUCAGGGUGCCUUCUUCCACAGCCGGGAAUACAAAGGCCCUGAAAAGUUCAGGGGGAAGAAAGUUCUGGUAAUUGGCCUAGGCAAUUCUGGGAGCGACAUUGCUGUUGAGCUCAGUCACACAGCCUCUCAGGUUUGCAUCAGCUCUAGAAGUGGAUCCUGGAUAAUGAGUCGUGUCUGGGACAAAGGAUACCCUUGGGACAUGCUGCUUGUAACUCGCUUUGAAUCAUUCCUCAAAGACGCCCUCCCAAGAGCCAUUUCUGACUGGCUGUAUGUGAGGAAAAUGAACAGAUGGUUUAAACAUGAAAACUAUGGCCUGAUACCUGUGAAUAGGUAA